AUGGAUUUUAAAGAUUAAAGUGUAGGUAUUUGUUAUUGCUGUCUUUUCUUGACUUUUAAACAUUACUUUUACUUAAUGAUGGUAACUAAUACCAUUUAAGGUCUAAUUUUAUUAGGCAUAGGAUUUUUAGGGAUUUUGAACUUAUAUGAACUCUUUAAUUUUCCAGUACCUAUUUCCAUUACUUUUUUAAGCUUAGGUAUUUAGUUUAUAAGAAUUUAGGCAGCUUUUUAAUCUUAGGACUGAUAGUUGAAAUAUUUUUUUUUUUUCGACAUUCAGUCAUAAAAGUAGGACGAUUUAUGGUUGUUUUAAACAUUUUGACUUCAUUAUUUGAUUUAAUAUUAGGAGUGAUCAUGCUGUUAAUAGGUUUUUUAGAUAUAGUUUUUAUUGAUUUGAAUGAUUCAUAGUUAUAAUUUAGUUAAAUAAGAAGAAACAUAUUAAAAGUUAUUUCAAUAGGAAUUAUAAUAAUAUCUUUUUUAGGAUUCUGGAUGACUUAUUUGUAAUAUCAAAUAUUAAUACCAUUACAAGAGUAAAUAGAAUAAGAAAUAAAAAUUGUUCCUGUGGUUUCUUUAAGAUAAGCAAUAUCUCGUAAGUUUUCAAAAAAUUUUAUUGGAGAACUUACUCCAAAUAAUAAGAAAUAAAUGAGAAUGGUUAGAACAGAUUCAAUAUCAGAACAAUCAUAACCACUAUAAAGUAUACAAGUAUAAAAUAUCUUGAUUCAAGUUGAAAUAAUAAAAAGGUGAUGAGAUGCCAGAACUAUAUUUAAAUUAGAAAAGUGAAAAACUAAUUAAAAUUCCUGAAAGCGUUAGUCCUUAUAAUGAAUUCUUUGCUCCGACAACAAAUACUAUAAGAUAUUCUAAUUAAAUAGAAGAUUUCUAAAGUCUAAGAAAAUAGAGGACACCCAGAUCAACCUAUAUAAAAUAAUAAAGUUGA